AUGGUCAAUUUGACUUCAUUGAGAAUCGCAUUCGUUACUUUCACGAGUGCAAACGAUUUUCAUGCUCUCAUAUUGAAACUUUUGAGGCUCAAGGAACUCUCUCUGCUCUGGAUCUCCAGUCCUAAGCGGAAAUUGCCUAUCGAAGUGCCCAAUCCGUGUUCUGGUCCUGCCCUCGAAAGGAUUCGAGUCGACAGUGGGAGCAAAAACUUUGGCCUCCUGCCGUAUCUCUUGCACGCGGGACUGCGCACAGUCUACAUUGAUGCUCUGCAGUACUUAGAGCUUAUCUCACCAGCUGUGGAUGGCUUAAAAGCGUUGUGUGAAAUUUUGCAGAUUGCAAGGUCAUUGAGGCAUUUGAAUCUGGCCGUCCUCCAAUCUACUCUAUGUCGUUGGACUAGUCCGGCUCCGCUUCCUUUAAUGGGUUUAGAAUCAUUCGUCAUAGAAUUGGGUUACCAGUUCGAUAGCGAGAGAUCCGAUCUUUUUCUUAUGAGAUGGCUGGCUGCUUCAUUCGACGCCAUCAGUAAACCCUCUUCGCUCCAGUCCCUCGACCUGAAGGUCAUAUUAUUCAGGAAUCACGGACUGCAGGAAGACGAUGACCAGAUGUGGUUACCGUGUACAAGGCUGGAUGACGCGUUGCACUGCGCCGAGCUAGCACAGCUGCGCCAGCUGACAAUCAGAAUUUUGUGGAGCCACUUGUCGGAAGACGCGAUCGUCUCUGCCCGGGACUUCAUGAUCUCUAGGUUCCCUUUGGCCCUGAAAAGAGGGAUUCUUGUGGUCACAGAAGAAAAAGAUCAACUUGGUUGA